ACAAAGUUUGUGCCGGCGGGUGCGCGUCGGGCGGGCUCGCCCGGCUCCCUGAGCGGCGGGUGGGCGGCCCGAGGGCGGAGAGGCCCGGGGCGAAGGGCCGCGCUGGCAGCGGCAGCGGCCGUGGCGAGGCGAUGCGCCCCGCCGAGCCCGUCCCGCCGCGCUAGGUGAAACGUCUGCACGAGUGCGGCCGCGGCCAUGGGCACCCUGGGCAAGGCGAGAGAGGCUCCGCGGAAACCUUCUCAUGGCUGCAGAGCUGCCCCGAAAGCAAAACUAGAGGCGAAGCCAGCCAGCAGCCCCUUCCCCUCCCAUCCCAGCCUGGCCCAGAUCACCCAGUUCCGAAUGAUGGUGUCUCUGGGACAUUUGGCCAAAGGAGCCAGCCUGGACGAUCUCAUCGAUAGCUGCAUUCAGUCGUUUGAUGCAGAUGGAAACCUGUGUCGAAGUAACCAACUGCUGCAAGUCGUGCUGACCAUGCACCGAGUUAUCAUUUCCUCUGCGGAGCUGCUCCAAAAAGUGAUCACCCUGUAUAAGGAUGCCUGGGCCAAGAAGUCACCAGGGCUGUGCCUGAAGAUCUGCUACUUUGUAAGGUAUUGGAUAACGGAAUUCUGGACCAUGUUCAAAAUGGAUGCCAGCUUGACAAACACCAUGGAGGAGUUUCAGGAGCUGGUGAAGGCUAGUGGGGAGGAGUUACACUGCCGCCUGAUCGACACAACUCAAAUCAAUGCCCGUGAUUGGUCCAGGAAACUUACUCAAAGGAUAAAAUCGAACACCAGCAAGAAACGGAAAGUCUCUCUGCUCUUUGACCACCUGGAACCGGAAGAGCUGUCGGAGCACCUCACCUACCUGGAGUUCAAGUCUUUCCGGAGGAUCUCCUUCUCCGACUAUCAGAAUUACGUGGUGAACAGCUGUGUGAAGGAGAACCCCACCAUGGAGCGGUCCAUAGCCCUGUGCAACGGCAUCUCCCAGUGGGUGCAGCUGAUGGUGCUCAGCCGCCCCACCCCGCAGCUGCGAGCUGAAGUCUUCAUUAAGUUCAUCCAGGUGGCGCAGAAGCUCCACCAACUACAGAACUUCAAUACUCUGAUGGCUGUGAUAGGCGGCCUGUGUCACAGCUCCAUCUCCAGGCUCAAGGAGACAAGCUCACACGUCCCCCACGAAAUCAACAAGGUCCUGGGUGAGAUGACUGAGCUGCUGUCCUCCUGCAGAAACUAUGACAACUACCGGCGAGCCUAUGGGGAGUGCACCCACUUCAAGAUCCCCAUCCUGGGGGUGCACCUCAAGGACCUCAUCUCCCUGUAUGAAGCCAUGCCCGACUACCUAGAGGAUGGGAAGGUGAACGUCCACAAGCUGCUGGCCCUUUACAAUCAUAUCAACGAACUGGUCCAGCUGCAAGAGGUGGCCCCGCCUUUGGAGGCCAACAAGGACUUGGUGCACCUGCUGACGUUAUCCCUCGAUCUCUAUUACACGGAGGAUGAAAUCUACGAGCUCUCCUACGCCCGGGAACCAAGGAACCACAAAGCCCCCCCACUAACACCUUCAAAGCCACCAGUAGUAGUAGACUGGGCCUCUGGAGUAUCUCCCAAACCUGACCCAAAGACUAUAAGCAAGCACGUCCAGCGGAUGGUGGAUUCUGUCUUCAAGAACUAUGAUCAUGACCAAGAUGGAUACAUUUCUCAGGAAGAAUUUGAAAAAAUUGCUGCGAGUUUUCCGUUUUCCUUCUGUGUGAUGGACAAGGACAGGGAGGGCCUCAUCAGCCGGGAAGAGAUCACGGCCUACUUCAUGAGGGCCAGCUCCAUCUACUCCAAGCUGGGUCUGGGCUUUCCUCACAACUUCCAAGAGACAACCUACCUGAAGCCUACUUUCUGUGACAACUGCGCUGGAUUUCUCUGGGGAGUGAUCAAACAAGGAUAUCGAUGUAAAGACUGCGGGAUGAACUGCCACAAACAGUGCAAAGAUCUGGUUGUGUUCGAGUGCAAGAAGCGAGCCAAGAACUCAGCAGCUCUCACAGACAACAGCACCUCUGUGGGGCCAACGUUCAAACUCUGCUCAUUGGGAGCCAAAGAUCUGCUCCAUGCACCUGAGGACGGACCUUUUCCAUUCCCUAAUGGGGAGGCUGUGGAACAAAGUGAAGAAAGUAAAGAUCGGACCAUCAUGCUCAUGGGAGUGUCCUCACAGAAGAUUUCUGUUCGGCUGAAGAGGACUGUCGCCCACAAGGCCACCCAGACCGAAGCACUGCCUUGGAUGGGCAGCGAGGGCCCUUCUGGUCCUUUUGCGCUAUCUUCCCCAAGGAAGACAGCCCAGGACACUCUGUACGUGCAUCCUAGUCCUACAUCUCCAUGCCCCAGCCCAGUCUUGGUCAGAAAGCGGGCUUUUGUCAAGUGGGAGAAUAAAGACUCCUUCAUGAAAUCAAAGGAGGAACUCCGUCACCUCAGACUCCCAACUUACCAAGAACUGGAACAGAUCUUGACAUUUUACAUGUCCAUGAAAAGGAACAAUGUAGAUGGCAAGAAUGACUUCCUGAUGCAAGAAAUGGGUGGUAGAGAGAUUUCAGAUGAGGAAAUAAAUACACUGAAAGCAGAUAAUGAUGCUCUAAAGAUCCAACUGAGAUAUGCACAGAAGAAAAUAGAAAGCCUUCAACUUGCAAAAAGCAAUCAUGUCUUAGCUCAGAUGGAACAGGGUGACAGUUCUUAGCCCAGAAACUCAAGGAGCACAAUCUGUAGAUAAAUGGAUUAGAGAUCUCAUUUCCCAAACCAGUUAACACAAAGAUUGGGGAAGCUUAGAGUGACCAGUUUUAAAGGGGGUACUUUAAAAAGGAAAAGCUAGUCUUCCCCCCUCCCGCCCCCCGCAAUGUGUGAUAUUGUUUUCUCUUCCAGUCAGUUGAAUCGAAGGGGAGUAAAACUGAAAAAUGCAAAAUUUUUGCCAUUCAUACCACAAACAUUUUUCCCUGAGACUAAGGGCAAAAGCAUGAUAAAAACAUGACUAUAGUUUUCUGAUAAGGAAGCUUCUCCUAUGUGGCCUGCCUGGCUGCUGCUUCUUUAGAACUAAAAUCCCUGGAAAAUGAAUUUGCUUCCUUCCCUGGGGUUUUUCUGUAAACUGGGGAAUUGACUUUGUUACACUCAAAGCUUACUUAUAAUAUUAAAGUAGAUUCACUUCCUCUACAUUCCAGCAUUCUUUAUGAAUCUGGUUCCCGAUUCACUACCUCAAAUCUAAUCAAUUAGCCCUUCCCCCACCCCCAUCCUUCCUCACUGUGCUCAUCAUAUACACAAGGGUAUCUACCUAGAGCUGAACUUCUAGAAUAUAAGUACAAAUUUGUGGGGGCUUAUUCAACAACAUGACAUUAUCCAGUUGUAUAUCAACUAAUAGUUUGUCACAAAGUCAUAAUAAAAUAAGUAAUCAAAUUAAAUACCUGAAAACAUGGCUAUUACCAUUUUAUACAUGACUGACUAAUUAGCUAAAAUAAACGUAAUGCAAACAUGUCUGUCCUCUACAGUGGAUAGAAUUAGGACUUUAUGGCUAUUUUUUUAAAAACAGAGUCUGCUUAGCUCUUCAUGUGCCAUCUUUACCCUUUUUUUUUUAAAGUAAUUUUUUGAGCUGAAUUUGUGCUUACCAGUAUACUGCCUUCACUAUUAAUACUAUUUAGAAAUAAGCUAAUUGGAUCAGAGCCUUCAAUAACAGCUGACAGCGUGUAUAUAUGUGUAUAUAUUAUGUAUAUACAAUAUCAGGCAUGCAUGUGACUUGGAAUUUUGUUCCCUCCUUAUAAAAUGUGGAAGUUAAUUAAACAACUUUUAGUCAUUUACAUAAAUUCACAAAUAUAAAGUUCAGUUUGUUAUAAGAUGAAGAAUUUACUCACAAUGUAAAUUGUAUUGUUUGCAAACUCACAAAAGCCCUGUGAGUUAUCUAUUAAUGAAAGUUAAUGAUAAAUGGGCUCAUUUAGUUGUCUGGGCAACUGAUCACAAACUCCUUUGUUAGACUCUUUAUUUCUCUAAAAAAGUCCAAUGAUCAUUUUCUUUUUUUG